AUGCCUUCGACUCGUGUUUCUAAGAAGCCCAACGAGCCUGCUCAAGGGUCUGGCGAUCCCCCUCGCUCACACGACGCCACGCCAUCUGAUGAAAUCGUAGAUCAGCUGGGAGCAUCAUUGUUCUGUAACUGGUGGAGUUGCAUCCACCCUGGCUCGUUCCAGGAGAGGUACGCUUGGAACCACUGUAUUCGCCAGGCGGACCGGAGUGGACGCCACGGCAUGAACAGACUCAGUCAGCACGCCCACCAGCAACUGGUGGAUGAUGAAGUGGUUCAUCAGCCUCUCUCUUCGUGUCAAACAACAUGCACUAACAAGGCAUACAAGACGAGCUUAGAGAAAGAUGUUCAUCGAGCGAAAGACUGGAGAAAGGUACCAAAUGAUGUUCAGAACAUCAAGCAGGAGAUAUUCGAUGACGGCCCAGUCUGCAGCGCCUUCAAAAUGUACGAAGAUUUUAGAUAUUACAAAUCUGGAGUUUACGUGCCAACGACCAAGGAAUUCGAAGCCGGGCAUUCAAUUAAAAUUGUUGGUCUUUGGAAAGAUGUGGCUUGGACUUGGACCGAGGUCCUCCAGCCUAUCUGUCAGUCCAAAGGGGAAAAACCCAGACCCGGACGAUCUAAGCCAUAA